AUUUUUGCCCAACUUAUGCUGUUUGGAAAGGACUGAAUGAGCGCCCCUACAGGCGGUGUGUGGUAUCGGUAGUCAUUUAAAGUGGGAUUCAAACGAGGAAAUCAAGUUCCUGUUCCUGCAACAUACACUACGGAUCUGAUUGAGCCAGCACAGGUGCUUUAAUUUAGCCUCAGGUGAGACCAUGGUGGUUUUAUCUAAGGAAUAUGGCUACGUGCUGCUGACCGGAACAGCCUCCAUUCUUCAGGUGUCCUAUCUGGCUUAUGCUGUGGUGAAAGCGCGCAUUAAAUACAAUGUGCAGUAUCCCAAGAUGUACAGCGAUGACCCAGAGAAUGGCCAGAUCUUCAACUGCAUCCAGAGAGCUCACCAGAAUACUGUUGAAGUCAUGCCCUCUUUCCUGUUCCUCUUGGCGGCUGGAGGCAUCUACCACCCACGCCUGGCCAGUGUUCUGGGAGUAAUCUGGAUUGCCGGUAGAGCAGUGUAUGCACGCGGAUACUCCUCUGGUGAGCCUAAGAAAAGGAAGCGUGGUGGUUUUGGGUUCUUGGGUCUCCUGGGUCUGUUCUUGUGUACUGUGGACUCUGCCAGAACCAUGGUGGGGUGUGGCUGGCAACCCGAGUGGCCCAGACACAUGUUCAAAACCUUCUGAAUAAAACACACACACACGCACUGUUAGUGUGGGUUUUUCUUUUAAUGUGUAACCGAUUUUGUAAGUAGAAUAAAGUAAUUAAAGUUAUACAUCAUAA